AUGGGUGGCAACGAUGAUAAAAGCGAUGUUCCAGAGAACGUUAGAGGGGUUGUUGAUAUUGAUCCUUGGUUAAGACCGUUUGCUCAGGUGCUUUCUGAAAGGAGAUAUCUGGCAGACGAGUGGAAGUAUAGAAUUGAGCAUAGCGGGGAUAAGCAGACUAGCUUGAGUAAGUUUGCACGUGACUCGUAUAAGACGUUUGGGUUGCAUGCUAACCAAAAGACGUUUGAGAUUAGCUAUAAGGAGUGGGCGCCCAAUGCGGUUCGUGCGUUUUUGGUUGGGGAAUUCAACAACUGGGACUCUAAUGCGAACGAGAUGGAGCGGGAUGAGUACGGUGUGUUUCAUUUAGUUGUUCCACCUGUUGUUGGUAGCGAUGGGAAAAAGCAGUUUGCUAUUCCUCACGAUUCUAAGAUCAAGGUUUCGUUUGAGUUGGCCGAUGGAUCUAGGAUUUACAGGUUGCCUGCGUGGAUUACCAGAGCAACGCAGCCAGAUAAAGAGACUGCGAAGCAGUGGGGUCCAUCCUAUGAGGCGAGGUUCUGGAACCCUCCAACGCAGUAUACUUUUAAGAAUGCUAGGCCAAGUUUUGUUAGUGCUACAGAUUCGUUGCGUAUCUAUGAAGCGCACGUUGGUAUUUCUACGCCAGAGCCCAAGGUUGGAACUUACAAGGAGUUCACCAAGAAUGUGUUGCCUCGCAUCAAGGACUUAGGGUAUGAUGCUAUCCAGUUGAUGGCUAUUAUGGAGCAUGCAUACUACGCUUCGUUUGGUUACCAAGUGACGAAUUUCUUUGCAGCAUCCUCGCGUUUUGGGACACCGGACGAUUUGAAAGAAUUGAUUGAUACAGCCCACGGGAUGGGUAUUCUUGUGCUAUUGGAUGUGGUUCAUUCGCAUGCUUCCAAGAAUGUCACCGAUGGGUUGAACCAGUUUGAUGGUUCUGAUCAUCAGUACUUCCACUCGAUUGCAUCCACAAGAGGGGAACACCCAUUGUGGGAUUCAAGACUAUUUAACUAUGGCCACUUUGAAGUGCAGAGAUUCUUGUUGGCAAACCUUGCCUUCUACAUUGAUGUGUACCAGUUUGACGGGUUCAGAUUUGAUGGUGUCACUUCUAUGUUGUACUUGCACCACGGUGUUGGUGAAGGUGGUGCAUUCAGCGGUGAUUACAACGAGUAUCUUUCCAAGGAGAGGUCAUUCGUGGACCACGAAGCGUUGGCAUACUUAAUGUUGGCCAAUGAUCUCGUGAGAGAAUUGCUUCCUGAAAACGGUAUCACUAUCGCUGAGGAUGUGUCUGGGUACCCAACCCUAUGUAUGCCGCGUGAUCUGGGCGGUGCAGGGUUCGACUACCGUUUGGCAAUGGCUUUGCCAGACAUGUGGAUCAAGCUAUUGAAGGAAUACAAAGACGAGGAUUGGAACAUGGGUCACAUUGUCCAUACUUUAGUGAAUAGAAGACAUCGCGAAAAGGUUGUUGCUUACGCAGAGUCUCAUGAUCAAGCGUUGGUCGGAGACAAGACUUUGGCCUUCUGGUUGAUGGAUGCCGCGAUGUACACAGACAUGACAAUUCUGAAAGAAACUAACCCAGUGGUGGACCGUGGUAUUGCUUUGCACAAAUUGAUCAGACUUCUAACCCAUUCCUUAGGUGGUGAGGCAUAUCUAAAUUUUGAAGGUAACGAAUUUGGUCAUCCAGAGUGGUUGGAUUUCCCUAACGUUAACAAUGGUGACAGUUACCAUUAUGCCAGAAGACAAUUCAACUUGGUUGAUGACAAGCUGUUGAGAUACCAGCAGUUGUACCAGUUUGAUAAAGCUAUGCAACUUUGUGAAAAACAGUAUAAGUGGUUGAACACCCCUCAGGCUUACGUUUCUUUGAAGCAUGAAGUUGAUAAAGUUAUUGCAUUUGAGAGAAAUGGUCUUUUGUUCAUUUUCAACUUCCAUCCAACGGAAUCUUUCACCGAUUACCGUAUUGGUGUCAAUGAACCAGGCUGUUAUCGUAUCAUCUUGAACUCGGACAGAUCUGCCUAUGGUGGUUGGGAUCGUAUUGACGAAUCCAAAUCUGAAUACUUCACUACAGACUUGAAAUGGAACGAUAGAAACAACUUCAUCCAAGUCUACAUUCCAAACCGUAGCGCGCUAGUCCUUGCCCUCGAUUCUAGAAUCCAAAAGCACUAA